ACCAGCAAUAAACAAGAAAUAUGAUACAGAGUUAGUUAUAUAGGAUGUUACAUGGUGACAAGUACUAUAGAGGAAAGAAAGAGUAGCAUAAGGUAAGGGAUAUCAGGGACAGGAGGUGAGAGGUGAUGGACAGUUUGUAGCAGUAAGUAGGAUGGUGUGGGCAGGUCUCUUGGAGAAGGUGGAUUUGAACAAAGACUGGGAGGAUGUGAAGGAGAAAUAAGCCAGGGAAGGGCAGGGUAAGUGCGUUCCAGGCAAAGGGAAUGGCCAAUGCAAAGGCCCUGAGGUGGGAGCAUGCCUGGUGUGUUCAGGGCACAGCUCCGUGGUGUAAUGAAUGAAGGGAAGGCGAGGCCAAAGAGGUCACCUACUACGUGAGCACUUUACAGGCUUCCUGUCAUUCUCGCCACAGCCCCGAGCGGCAGACACUGUUAGUGAAAACCAUUUACAGAGGAGACCCCUUGGGAGGUUUCCUGGUCCCUCGGGUUCCGCUACACCUGCCACUCCUGAGCGUGCAGACCUCCUCCACUGCAGUCCCUAGGGUUGCUGGUGAGAGGUAGGACUCUGAGAGCUGGAAUGACUCAAAGUGCUCAGGACGGUUCUGACUCAUAGAAAGAGCUCCGGCUGCUAUCAGCAUUCAGCUAAAGGCAGACUAGGGAGACGGUACAGCUAACUGGGCAUAAGACUGCAGAGAACAGAACAGGAAGGAGCGUCGCCUCAUCCUAGUGUGGAGAUGAGUAAGUCACAGCCUGGUUGGCUUCUGCUGAACCCGGGCGGCCCAGCCCUCACAGCCCACAGGGGAGACCAGUAACAUUGCUCUGCACAGCAGGGCAGUUAAGGGCACCACAUCGUCCCAGACACCAAAACUACACAGGAACGUGCAUGUCCAGGAACAAACUCUCGGUUCUCCAAGAGUCGCAGAGAACUGGGAUUUUAUUGUGGGGGUCUUGGUCUUGGGUUUCUCCCUACAGAUUCUAACUCCACAGAGUGACCAGAGAGAGGAAGUGGCCCAAGACACCAAAGAGGAGAGAGGGGAAGGUGGUCACCAUGGCCCAGUGCUACUACAACGAGACCAUCGGCUUCUUCUACAACAACAGUGGCAAGGAGCUGAGCUCCCACUGGCGGCCGAAGGACGUGGUGGUGGUGGCCCUGGGCCUGACGGUCAGCGUGCUGGUGCUGCUGACCAACCUGCUGAUCAUCGCGGCCAUCGCCUCGAACCGUCGCUUCCACCAGCCCAUUUACUACCUGCUUGGCAACCUGGCCGCCGCUGACCUCUUUGCCGGCGUGGCCUACCUCUUCCUCAUGUUUCACACUGGCCCGCGCACAGCCCGGCUCUCGCUCCAGGGCUGGUUCGUGCGGCAGGGUCUGCUGGACACCAGCCUGACGGCCUCGGUGGCCACGCUGCUGGCCAUCGCCGUGGAGCGGCACCGCAGCGUGAUGGCCGUGCAGCUGCACAGCCGCCUGCCGCGUGGCCGCGUCGUCAUGCUCAUUGUGGGCGUGUGGGUGGCUGCGCUGGGCCUGGGGCUGCUGCCCGCCCACUCCUGGCACUGCCUCUGUGCCCUGGACAGAUGCUCACGCAUGGCCCCCCUGCUCAGCCGCUCCUACCUGGCGGUCUGGGCCCUGUCCAGCCUGCUCGUCUUCCUGCUCAUGGUGGCUGUCUACACCCGCAUAUUCUUCUACGUUCGUCGGCGGGUGCAGCGCAUGGCGGAGCAUGUCAGCUGCCACCCCCGUUACCGCGAGACCACGCUCAGCCUGGUCAAGACUGUUGUCAUCAUCCUGGGGGCGUUCGUGGUUUGUUGGACGCCGGGCCAGGUGGUGCUGCUCCUAGACGGCCUGGACUGCAAGUCCUGCAACGUCCUGGCUGUGGAGAAGUAUUUCCUACUCUUGGCCGAGGCCAACUCCCUGGUCAACGCUGUGGUGUACUCCUGCCGCGAUGCUGAGAUGCGCCGCACCUUCCGCCGCCUCCUCUGCUGUCAGUGCCUCCGCCGGUCCACCCAGGAGUCUGCCCACUACACAUCCUCCACCCGAGCAGGCGCCAGCACUCGCAUCAUGCUUCCUGAGAAUGGCCACCCCCUGAUGGAUUCCACCCUUUAGCCAACCUUGGACUUCAGCGGGAGGCAGCAAGUGCCCGCUCGCACCCCUGACCACUUGUGGAUGUGCCCGGUUCAACCCAAUUUGAAGGACAGAAUUAAAGGCAGACCCUCGGUCCGGAUGCCAGACCUCCUCAGACACACACAGCUCUGCCUGCUCCGGGGCCUGGGCGUACGUGUCAUCUCCAGGUGCCCGGGACAGUGUCAGAUGGGGCACCGGAACUGGCUCUUCAAUCAUCUCAGGUUUGGGGGUUUUAACAGACAUGUUCCUGUUUCACUGCACAUCCCUGGUAAACCCUGUGGACUGCUUCCUUGUCCGUGGUGGUGUGUGUUAAAGGUCGGAGAGAUGAGGACUCUCAGGCCAUGAUGCCCAAAGUCACAAGGACAGAUCAUGGAUGCACCAUGUGCCUGAGGCUGAUUCCUCAGGGGCACAGAGUUUGUGGCCCCGUGAAGCCUCCGGGCUUGCCUGUCCCCGUUAGACUUGAGGGUACCCACAAGGAGGACAUAUUAAGGAGUAAACUUUUAUUUUUCCUCUGA